UAAUCUAUUCACCCAAACCGAAUCGUUUGCCAAAAGAAUAGAUUUACCACGUGAACUGUGCAUCUCUCUCUUUUCUUCGUCAUUUUCUUGAAAGGAAAAUGCAGGCAGUUUCCAGGAAAACCCUGUGUCUACAUUCCCUCGUUUUCUUCCUCGUUUUCUCGCCUUCCAAACAGACCCCAGAAGAAGGAUCCUACUGCGGCAAAAUCAAAAUUCGACAACCUUUUUCCUUGUCAAACCCGAAUUCAUCGUUCGCCAACAUAAUCACCUGCAGAUCUGAGAAGCUCUACUUCAGAACCUCCAUAGGUGCCUUCCACGUCUCCUCCAUCGAUUACACAACCAAAACCCUAACUAUCUCUCACUCCUCAUGUUCUUCUUCCCGAAACUUCAUCUCUCCUUCUCUUCUCUCCUCUGGAUUCCCUCCGCCGCCGCAACCGAACUCAGUUCUGCUCUUCAGCUGCUCGAAGACGAACCACACCAACACCAUCGGGGCGCGUGUAUGCACGCGCUCUCCGUCGUGCGGGUCUCCGGCGAGUUCGUGCCUUGUCGUCGACGAAAUCGGAAGCGGCGAAGUGGGUUUCCACCCGAAGGAUCUGGGUUGCACGAAUUAUUGGCGCGUGCACAAGUAUUCAUCGGGUGAAAAAGUGAAAUCGGGAACUAGGGUUUCCUUCGACAUCCCCGAUCACUUGCCCGACGUAUGCAGCGAGUGUAAGAAACCAAACGGUAACUGCGGCGUUGGACUCAGAUGUCUCUGCCACGCGAAAGAGUGCAAGGACAAAGUCAUCAAUGUCGGGGCAAAGUCUCAGGCUGCUUUUGGCAGCAUGCAGGUUUUACUGCUAGUUCUGUUUCUAGUUUCUUGAUGAUCUGAAUGUAAAUGUGUCCUUAGCAUCAAACGUUGUUGUACAAUUUGAACGCUCCUCGAUCUGACUAAGAGUACGGACGGUUCGAGAUGAUUGAAAUGAUGAAAUCUUUGUUCAAGUC